AUGAUCCGAGGGGAUAAAUUUGAAACGAAACAAUUUUCCACGGAGGCUGAUACUGAAUAUGGAGUUACAAGCUCAUUAAGAUCCGGGUUAGGAAACGUACGAAGUAACUUUGUGUCAUCCCAUCCGCUGGAGAAAUCUGAAAGAGAAUACGAUGACAAGAUGAAACAAAUGAAUUUUAACAUGCUUCGUAAUUCACAGGGCAUCCACGCUCCACUUCGCAAACAAAUGGAACUUACCGCGAUAAACAAAGCAACAACCCGUCUACCUUUCCUACCAACUUCAAAUCUUUCACAAGAUAUUCUCAACGGAAACGACGCUUGCAUUUCAAUCCAAGAUAAUUUCUCUCAUGAAGACAGCGAGAUCAUGGGCGACCCUCAUCUAAUGAUGGAACAUAAGCUUGGGUUGAAACCUUUAUAG